CGCCCGUUCCCGCGGCCCGGCAGUGCCUGAGGGGGCCGCGACCGACCGGGCGUCCGCGAGGACCGUCCCGGCAGCGCGACGCCUGCCAACCCCCUCCCCGUCCUGUCCCGGCGCCAGCGCUCCAGCCCGCCCUUGCAUAUCCUCAUUUAGGAUCCCGAAAUCACCUUUCGCGCGUGUCCUGGAUUUAAUCUUCCUCCGUCCCCACACGAUGCCCGCAGCGGCGUGCCCUACAUAAUAUGGGCAGGGAGAGGGACUUCACUGCAGUGCUGGCAUGGGCGGGCUGCUGGGGGAAGGGAGGAAAGGCCGCCUUUCCAAAUUGUCAUAAUCACAAGAAAUUCUUGCGAUUCUGCAAGCGGCCCCCUUGCUCUAGCAGCAAGGAUGCCGUGCUGGGAUUUAAGCUGCUGAACACACGAAGGAGCAAAUAUUACCAAGUUCGUUCUCGAGAGCACAGGUGGAUACUGAGGAGCUUCUCCCACAGAAUGAAUAAAUUCGCAGAAGUGUCAGAUGCUGCAGCCACAGGCUUCUCCUGUCAGCAGUGGCUGCUCUUCCCUCGACGGGAUGGGCUGCAGCAAACCUGCUAUACAGUGCUGCGAGCCGGGAAAGGGAGGGGUGUGCUCCGCUGGGAUAGGCCUGUCUGCGUCCAACAGAGCCGCGGGAGCGAGAGCAGAGGCAUUCCCGUAUGUGCCAGCAGAAAAAAAGACAUCGUCCUCUCAGGCUGGCAAGGGAAAGUUGGUGGGAACAUGGUAGCUGUCCAGUACCAGAUGCAGCUGGACCCCUGGUUUAGUUCCAGGCUCAAACUUGUUAUGAAAGCUGAACAAACAUCUGACCACAUGUCUGGAGGGACCCAAGAACUUCACAGCCACUGCUGCAGCAACUGACUGACAUUUAUGGCUUCAGAAAAUGAAGACAUUCAUUCAGAGAAAAUUCAUAGACUCAUGGAAUGGUUUGGGUUGGAAAAUGCCUUAAAGAUAAUCUAAAUUGUCUCUUAGCAGUUUUAAUCAUUUGCCUGCAAUAGACAUCUCUAAUUUUUUGUCUAGAGAUCUGAGAGUGAUGAAAUAUACACCUCAUCUAGUGUUUGCCAUGUCCACACAGUCUCGUAUGAAUACUGUAUGUCCCUCUUGAUUCAGAAUCCCAGAACAGUGAACUCCUGCCCACCAGUAGAGCUUGGGUAAUAUAAUUAGCUGGAAGCAUCAACACCAUCCUCUCUUCAAGCCCCAGGGAAUCAGAAAAUAUGCUAUGGAGUAGAGUCAUAGCAGUAGGGAAUGUCCCUGCCAUGGAGAGCAGAGCAUUUGAGCUGCUUUAGUGAAUGAAGUUGAAAUGUUGUCUCUGGAAAGAUGCAAGCAUGGCCACAGAUUGCAUCACUUCUGCUGGCUGCACUGUUGUCAGAUCAGAUAUGUUUUUAUUGUUUUUGUGAUCCCAUUUUAGUGGAGUUGCUGGCAGCUCUGCUCCAUCCAUCACUCAGAAGCCCAGACAGCCCUUAACAGCACAUUUUCUCACAGACUCAACCAGCCAUAGUCAACUUAUACUGGCCCUAAGUCGAUGGCACACAAAAGGAGGCACUUAAUGUGAUGGAAAAGGCCAAACUCCAGGAACACAAAUUUAACUGGCAUAGACCAGGGUUAACUUCACUGUAUUUUCUGCUGGUCUCUUGUAACAGCUACCCACACCACCCAGCUGUGCUGGCUGAACCUCUUGGCACAUUUGCCCAAGGAGUGUGUUCAGCAGUCCUGAGUGGAGGAUUGUGAGUCCUUCAACAUUUGCCUUGGUCCAUACUCUCCCUCCUUUUACAAUUUUAUUCAAAAGAAUUGUUCUUUUUUUAAGCAACCAAUUCUUGUACCUUCCUUCCCCUGACCUCUUUACUUUCCUGCAGUGAUCAGGUGCUUCUGCUGGCA